AUGGGAUGCUCCUUAAAAAAAGAAAAACAAAUCUCAACUAUCAAUAUACACGAGCAAAAAACUUAUUAUUUUGUGAUAAUAAAUGGAGACAAAGAACUCAAAAAGCAUAAAAAGGCAAGCAGAUUCUCAAAUUCAAUACCAAUUUUGGGCUCCAUAGGUAUUAUUUAACAUUCAGUAAAACUAGAUUAUAGUACGAUAAUACAGAGAAGAAAUAAACUUUUUCAAUCUUAAAUUGAUCGAAAUGCAUCGGAAAUGCAGAAUAUUGAGAUUAUAGCCUAGGAAAAACAAAAAAAAUGA